AUGGCCCCGGUGGCAGUCGCGGCGGCGGCGGAUCCCCCGGCAGCAAGGCGUCGCAAGGCGAAAGAAGGGGGUGAGGCGACACAGAUGCAGCCCGACAAGCUGUCGAUACGCGGACCGAAGCAGCCGCCGCCCAGGCGAAGCCAGCGAGGCCAGCGAGGCCAGCGACGGCAGUCGACCGACUCGCCGUCGGCGCAGCUCGCAGGGGCCAUCUCCCACCGUCGAGGCGACGACGACGACGACGACGACGACGACGACGACGGCAUGCACUCUCCACGGCGAGAACGCACACGGCGUGGGCCGAGCAUGUCGCGGUCGCGGUCACGAUCUCGAUCCCGAUCGCGGUCGCCGAGACGGAGGCGCUCUUCUUCUGCGUCCGGCUCGGAGGCGUCACGCCCACACUCUCGCGCACACUCCCAUGCCCGCUCGCUCUCCCCGCGGAGCCGCUCUCCUUCUCGCUCUCCUUCGCAUUCGCAUUCGCGAGCGCGAGCGCGCGCUCGCUCCGACUCGCGCUCUCGCUCGGGCUCGCCGCGGCGGACAAACACAAACGGGCCACGCAGGCCUGCCAGCGACGACGUGCACACCCAUGCCCACACGCACACCCAUGCCAAUACACACACGCACACGCACCGCCGCCGCCGCCGCCGCCGUUCCGCGUCGCCGCGCCCCCGCUACCGGCGCGUCCUCGCCAUGCGCGGCCACAGCGGCCCCAUUGCGCAGGUGCGCAUCUCGCCCGACGGGCGCUGGAUCGCGUCGGCGUCGGCGGACGGCACCGCGCGCAUCUGGGACGCCGCGACGGGCGCGCACAUGACGACGCUCGUGGGCCACGUGGCGGGGCUGUCGUGCCUGGCGUGGAGCCCGGACUCGAACACGCUGGCGACGGGCGCCGACGACAAGGCCAUCCGGCUGUGGGACCGCGUGACGGCCGAGCCGGCGCACGCCGUCGGGGAGGCGGGGGGCGCAGGAGACGAGGAGGCGGGCGGCGACGACGGGGCGGACGAGGCAGACGAGGCAGACGCGGCAGACGCAGUUGCGGAGGCGCGGGUGGCGGUGCCGUCGGCGGCGGCGCUGGCGGUGCGGUUUGCGCGGCGGCAGCUGCGCGAAGGCAUCAACGGCACCAACGGCAACGGGGCGGCGAGCAGCGGCGGGGCGCGGGGCACGCGUCUGCCGCUGCUGGGCCACCACAACUACGUGUACUGCCUGGCGUUCUCGCCCAAGGGCAACAUUUUGGCCAGCGGCAGCUACGACGAGGCCGUCUUUCUGUGGGACGUGCGCGCCGGGCGGCUGAUGCGCAGCCUGCCGGCGCACAGCGACCCCGUCAGCGGCAUCGACUUUUGCUGCGACGGCACGCUCGUCGUCAGCUGCUCGACCGACGGCCUCAUCCGCAUCUGGGACACGGGCACCGGCCAGUGCCUGCGCACGCUGCUGCUGCUCAACGAGGACAACCCGGCCGUCACCAACGUCUGCUUCUCGCCCAACGGCCGCUUCGUGCUGGCCUUCAACCUCGACUCGUGCAUCCGCCUCUGGGACUACAUCGCCCAGCCGAGCACCGUCAAGAAGACGUACCAGGGCCACCUCAACAAGCGCUUCUCCAUUGGCGGCUGCUUUGGCCGCCUGGCCGACAAGCCGGGCGCCGCCAAGAAGCACAGGCCCUUUGUCGCGGCCGCCAGCGAGGACGGCGACGUCGUGCUCUGGGACGUCGGCUCCAAGGCCGUCGUGCAGCGUCUGCGCGGCGCCCACCGCGACGGCGUCGUCUUCUGGGUCGAUGUCUGCGGCGCGACCAUGGUCAGCUGUGGCCAGGACGGCUGGAUCAACGUGUAUCGGCAUACAGAGAAGGGGGCGGCAAAGGCAGAGGCAGAGGCAGACGAUCAUGGUGGAGAGACGGCCAAGACGAGGGGCUGA